AUUCAUAUAUUAUUAAUGCAUAUUAAAAAAGAGUCCUUGAAUAGAUUAGCACAUAGAUGUUUGAACUUAAGGCUAUAUAUAAUAUGUUCCUCAAGUGAUACUCAAAUGUUGAUGAGUUUGAUCCUAAAAUGUCAUUGUCUUCAUUCUCAACAUGAAAAAUUAGCUCCAAAAGAAACAAAACAUUAUGUGAUCCAUAAGCUGAGGCUUUGUUAACCACAAUAACCAUCUGACAUGUACUCCCCUUCACUCUAUCCACAAUUAAUAGCAGUACAAAAGUAUACUACAUGAUCAAGCAUAGUCAAACAAUCCCUGUUAAGAAAAGUAGAGCAUGGCAGGAGAGUCGGCCUCUCCUUCAGCACUAAAUCAACCAAUAUAAAGACAGAUGAAGAGAUCAAGAGAGAAGGAAACCAUGAAAAGCAAGUGUUUUAGAUGGAAAACCUCUCUCUCAUGUGAAGCCGAUACUUAGAACGGCAGAAGGAGAAAGCGCUCGGAGAGGAACAAGAGGCAGUGUGCAACUCCUGCGGCUGAGUUCCGGAUGAGGCCGAGAGUCCCAGUGGAACAAGAAAAAAUAAAGCUGCAUAGUGUCCCCCAGGAGGCGACUUUUGUGCUCCCUCUCACAUGCCUUGCCUCAGAGAAGGGUUUGAUUCUAAUCAGUGGAGGAAUAAAGGCUUUUUUAUUUUGAUAAGCGAUUCUAUGAUUCUAAUCAGUGAAGUAAAUUUUCGGGGUUUUGAGCUACUGCUGAACGGGGGAAGUAGUGAUCAGAUGCGAUAGCAAAGUGUUGUGAUUCAUUUGACGGUUGACAUUGUGGAAUGGACCAUCGGGGUUGGCUUUUGAGACGCAAAUCAUCAGAGAAGAGCCCGGACGAGACUGAGAGUCCAGGAUCAGCUUCCUCUCAUUCUGAAAAUUACUCUGAUGACCAGGAAGCACUGAGGUCUUCUCCGAAUGAUGCUUCAGUUGACCAUGCUCAAUCGUCAGAAGUUUCAUCCAGUACUUAUGAUGGUGAAGUUAAUCAAACUGUUAAGAGAUUGACUGAGAAAUUAUCAGCUGCUCUUCUGAACAUCAGUGCUAAAGAGGAUCUUGUCAAUCAGCAUGCUAAAGUUGCAGAAGAUGCUGUUUCGGGCUGGGAACAGGCAGAAUCUGAGGUUGCAGUCGUAAAGCAUCAUCUUGAAAUUGCACUCCAGAAUAACUCUGCCCUUGAAGAAAAAAAUAGCCAACUUGACGAGGCCCUCAAGGAAUGUGUCAAACAGCUCCAUCAAUUGAAGGAGGAUGGAGAGGAGAAGAUAUGUGAGUGGGAAUCUGAGAAGCGUGAGCUUGAAAAACAACUCGUGGAACUCAAAGCACAGCUUCAAGCUGGAAAGACUGAUCAUGUAAUACUUGAUCGUGGACUUCAGACUAGAGUUGAAGCUGUUGAGAAAGAAAAUACAGCUCUGAAGAUUGAGCUCCGCUCUCAAUCUGAAGAUCUCCAGGUUUUAUUGCUAGAGAGGGAGCUAAGCAACAAAGCAGCAGAAACAGCUAGCAAGCAACACUUAGAGAGCAUAAAGAAAGUCACUAAACUUGAAGCUGAAUGUCAUCGAUUGCAGAGUAUAAACCGUAGGUUGUCAUCAGUAAGCGAUCACAAGCCGGUUGCGAGCUCAGUUUGUGUGGGAUCUUCCCCUGACAGUCAAGCAGAUAGUGGAGAACGUUUGUUUGGUAUAGAUAGUGAAACGAGCUGCGCAGAUUCAUGGGCAUCUUCUUUAAUUGCAGAACUUGAUCAGUUCAAGAGUGAGAAAGCAAGAUCAAGAAACCUCAACACAUCUGUAGAGAUUGAGCUUAUGGAUGAUUUCCUUGAGAUGGAGAGACUCGUUGCUUUGCCCGAGAUCGAUCAUGAAAAUGUUGCCUUUAAGCCAGAAACUCAGUAUGACCAAGUUGUUAGAAGAGUCAGCCCCCUAAAAAUCAAAAAUGAAAUUAUGAAUAAAAAAAUAGUUGAAUUAGAAGAAAAAGUUGAGUGGCUGGAACAUGAGAAAGGAGAAUUGGAGAUAGCUUUGUCCCAAUCACAUACUGAGAGAUCUUGCAAUCUGCUGGCAGCAGCUGAAAAUAAAAUAGUUGAACUGCAAACAAAGAUAGAUUUGUCAACAAGUGAAGUCAUGGAUUUGGAGGGAAAGCGGAAGGAACUGGAGACUGAGUUAGAGUCAGCACACUCAGAAAAUGGAAAGCUCUGCGAGAAGGUAUCCUUCUUUCAAGAAAGUUUUGAGGCUGAGAGAGUAUCGUCUGCUGAAUUUAAAGCUAGGAUAGAGAUUGCUGAGGCUGCUAGACAGGCACUGGACUCUCAGCUCAAGUCAGCUCAGCUAGAAAUCAGUAAUCUAAAAGAGACAGUUGGACUAAUAGAAUGCCAGGUCAUGGAGGGUAGAGCAUUGGCUUCAGCAUUGACAGCCAAAAAAGAGGCUUUGGAGGCAAAAGGAAAGGCAAUGGCAUCUCAGCUUGAGCAUGCAAAUUCAGAAGUUUGGAGACUACAGGAGAAGGUUGACUUCUGGGAACUGAAAGCUGAGGAGAAGACAAAAUUAGCUGCUGAAUUUGCCAUUCAAGUAGAAGCUGCCGAGGCAGCAAGAAAGAAACUGGAGGUUGAUCUCAAGUCAGCACAUGAGUUUGCCACCAAAGUGGAUGCUGCAGACGCAGCAAAAAAAACACUGGAAAUCCAACUUGCAUCAGCACAUAUGGACGUCGUGAAGCUGAGUGGCAAUGUGGUCUCGUUGAAAGGAAAAAUUGAAGAGGAAAGAGCAUCAUCUGCAGAAUUUGCAGCCAGGUGUCAUAAAUUGGAGGGUGAUUUGUUGAGGAUGAAACGAGAAGCUGAUUUAUGGAGAGUUGCAAAGUCCAACCGGGAAAUUAAAAUAAAGCAGGAGAAAGAACUUGCCAUGGCUGCUGGGAAAUUGGAAGAAUGCCAGAAGACGAUCGCUUCCCUGAGCCGACAGUUGAAAUCAUUGACAACUUUGGAUGACUUCAUGAUUGGAGACGAGAGGCCAGAACAUAACAUAUUCUUGCAACAUCCUAGUGGUGACGAAGCCAAAGAUUUAGAGAUCAUAGGCAGCUGUACUGUCUCCAAUGGCAGAGAAAGGAGUUCCCGUCAGUCUUCGGCACUCUCUUUUUUCUCUUCUUCGUCCUCAAAUUUCUCUGGGUUCAUGAGAACAUUAUCUCGUAGUAGGAGCAUCACUCGCUAGAACUCCUAGAAAAUAGUAUCUUGGAACUUUAGAUAAUUUUGUUGUUUGAUACAUCAAAUGAAUGAUUGUUUUUUGGGGCUCGUGGUUACUGGAUUUUUUUUUUUCUUCUGAUUCAAUCAGCAAUUAAUGGGUUCUUUCUUUUACUUGAACACAGGUUUACCAGCAGACAUUGUAUUUGGAGAAUUUAUGUUAAGACAUUAUAUUUGUGUAUUACUUCAGAUUUGUUACUGUCA